AUGAAUUCCUUAAAUAGAGCCAUUGAUAGAAUCGAUAACAAGACCGCCAAACCAUUUUGUUUUCAUAAUACUCAAUCAAAAGAAAUUUUAUACAAGAACAACAUUACCGUUUCACCCCCAACUCAAAGACGUUUGAUCUUUAAUUACGUUCAAUACAUCAAAACAUUUUCAAACGCUGAAAUUUGUAGAGGAAUAUCGUUCCUACUGAAUAAUCAUUCCAACAAUCCACGUGACUUUGACAUCAAUAAAAAUAUCGUGGCGGCACAAGAAGUUUUUAAGAUGCUCGUGAAACAAAUUUCUCUGAGACGAUUAUUCUAUUACACUUACACGUCCCACCUAUAUAUACCAUUUGUCACCUACCCUGGGGCGAUCGAUUGUUUUAGAAAUCUUUCGGAAUUGAAUUGUGGUUCCGACAUUGAUUCUGAACUCCUUUAUCGAUUAUCUCAAAUCUGUCAAAAAAUACGAACGUUAAACGUGACCUUUUGCGAACGAAUCUCAACCGGAUUUUCCGAUUUAAUCUCAGUUCAACAAAGAUUAAAUUGUUUACAAAUCUUUCAAACUUACAAAUGUGUGAGUUUCACGAACAUCAUCCCAUCAUUCAAAAGUUUAUCAAAGUCAUUAACCAAAUUUGAAUUUUAUGGUGGAAAUCAUCAUAAUCCCCCUUUAUCAUUCAUAACGCAAUUCACAAAUUUGAGAGAAUUGUAUUUAUUAUUCAAUCACAACGAUUACUCGGUAAAUUUUCGGGACGUCACCUUUCCGCACCUGCGAAUCUUGGUGUUUAAAUAUUAUAGUCCAAGGUUCAUUAAUUUAAAUGAAUUUUUAAAGAUUAAUGGAAAGUAUUUGAGAGAACUUCAAAUUGGAAAAUCCAACAAUUUGAUAAACUUUUCCAUAUCAACAUUCUGUAGGAAUUUAAAAUAUUUACGUACAAACUUUCUAUAUAAUGAGGGGAGAACGUUAAAACAAAUCUUUAAAAAUUGUAAUCAAUUAAUGACUCUCGAAAUCUCAUGUGAAAAUUUCUAUUUAAACGAAAUCGAAUUGUUAGAAAUUGUCGCGGAACACUCCCCCAAAGGGUUUCAUGAAUUGAAAGUAUGCGCAUAUUUGAUAGGAACAAAGUUAUUUUCGAAAAGGUCACGAAGAACGAUCUUUACGGAAGAUUAUAUCCCUCCAAGAACCCUUUCGAUAAACCUUACGGUUGAAUCGAAUGCGACGGAAAUAGAUUAUACAUCGAUUAAUGAAUUUAAAAAAUUGUGCAUAAUUAAACAAUUUAAAGUGAUCGAGGAUAGUUAUUAG